AUGAUGAUGCCAGCAGCCACUGGUCACGAGCUCUUCACAAACACAGCCAAAUGUAAUCCUCGAAAUUUUGAUUUUUUCACCUGCAAGAUCGCAGCAAGUCUGACUCAGAGAAAGAUCAUUAUUCAAAAUGGUGAUAAAUUCAAGAUAAAAACCAUGAGCUCAGUCCGCAACUAUGACUUGGAUUUCACCAUGGGCGUGGAGUUUGAAGAGUUCAAAAAGAGUUGGAAAGUUCAGUCACUGGUCACUUGGGAAGGAAAUGUCCUAGUGUGUGUGCAAAAGGGAGAAAAGAAGAACCGUGGCUGGAAGCAGUGGGUUGAGGGAGACAAGCUACACCUGGAGCUGACAUGCCUUGACCAGGUGUGCCAUCAGGUGUUCAAAAGGAAGUAA